AUGCCUCGUGGGAAGAAGAGUAAGGUCCGGGCCCAGCAGAAACGACACAAGGCCCAAAGUGACGGCCAGGGUCUUGGGGGUGCUCAGGCCUCCCCAGGGCCCUCCUCUCUUGAGAGCAAAGGCAAAUCCCAGAGUGCCUCUGCUGCCGGCAACCCACAGGCACCUGUGGCAGCCCCAGAACCCAGCACUCAGGGUGCAGCUCGUGCAGGGCCAAGAGCUAAGAAAGGUCAGCAGAACGGAGCCGAGGGUGCACCCUGCUCGCUGAAGGCCUCGUCCUCCGUGGAGUCCUCAGCCCAAGAUCCUCUCAACAAGAAGGCCAGCGUGCUGAUGCAGCUGGUGCUUCGCAAAUACAGAUCGGAAGAGCCCAUCAGCAAGGGAGAGAUGCUGAAGACCAUCAACAAAACAUACCGGGAGCACUUCCCUGAGAUCCUGAAGCGAACCACUGAGCGCAUGGAGCGGGCCUUUGGCCUGGAGCUGAAGGAGGAACACCCCAACGGGCAGUUCUAUGUUCUCCAAAGCAAAGAACGUCAUCCUGACGAAAGCACUCCCAGUGGCACCAGGCAGUUCCCCAGGUACAGGCUCCUGAUGCCGCUCCUGGGCAUGAUCUUCCUGAACGGAGGCACCGCCACUGAGCUAGAGGACAAGUACCUGGAACACAGACUCUUGCCUGGCACCCAGCCUCCUCGCUACGAAUUCCGCUGGGGUCCCAGAGCCUAUGCCGAAUCUGAAAAGAAGAAAAUCAUAGAGUUUGUGGCUCGGAUGAUGGGCACGACGCCCAGUGCCUUCAUGGCCCAAUAUGCAGAGUUAUUGAGAGAGGAGCAAGAGGAAGUCAAAAUCAAAGACGCAGCCCAGGCUGUCUCCACUGCCCCAGGAAAGGCCAAGGCCCAGGAGGUUCAACCCUCCACUCCUAGGGAAGAAGGAGGGGCUACCACAGGGGAAGAAAAGAGCUGUUAA